GAGGCUGGGUGUGGGAAGUUUGAAUUUAGCGGGGGCCGGUGGUGUGGACGUUCCUGCUUUAGGGGCAGCGUUGGUUUCCAGACCGAGAGAGUUCUUUGCUCUUUGCUUGAGGUUUCACGCUAGACCUGCCUCAGGAUGUCUUCAUCACAUUUUGCCAGUCGACGCAGAAAGGAUUUAAGUACUGACAUGAUUAGAACUAAAAUUGCUCAUAGGAAAUCUCUGUCUCAAAAAGAACACAGACAUAAGGAAUAUGAACGAAAUAGACACUUUGGCUUGAAAGAUGUCAACAUUCCAACCUUAGAAGGUAGAUAUCUUCUUGAAUUAGACGAGACAUCCCAAGAGCUUGUUCCAGAAAAGGCCAGUGUCAAGACAAAGUCAGUGAAAACUCUUCUACAUGAGCAACGGAAACAAAUGCUCCAGAAAUACAAAGAAGAAAAGCAACUUCAAAAAUUGAAAGAGCAAAGAGAGAAAGCUAAACGAGGAGUGUUUAAAGUGGGUCUUUAUAGACCUGAUGUGCCUUCAUUUCUUUUUUCAAACCGGAAUACAACGAAAGCUGAGCCUAUAAAGACUGUUUCAUCUUUUGUACGGAUGACAAGGUCAAAGACCAAAGACCAAAUGGAGCAAACUAAGAUUACAAUUGGGAAUGAUAUUCAAGCAACUCGACCUGGUCAAAGACAAACUUCUGAAAAGAAAGUGUUGAAUAAAGAGAAAAAAGUUGACCAGCCUGAAAUGCCCACAUCAAUAAGAAUGACUCGAUCAGCUACUCUAGCAGCAAAGCAGAUGGCCAGAACUGUCUCAUCUACUACAAGAAAGCCAGUGACAAGAGCUACUAAUGAUAAUGAAGCAGAAAGAAAAGCAACAAAUCAAGGAAGGCCUGCGAAAAAUGUAGAAACUCAACCUGAUAAGGUAAUUUCUUUUCAAGUUGAUAGUGAAGAAGAUAAUUUGGAUUCACAAACCAGUGCAACAAAUGAUGGAGUCUUAUCAAAAAUGGAAAACUUACCUAACACAAAUACUGUAAAAAUGAAAGGAAAGAAUUCCUUCGCACCUAAAGAUUUUAUGUUUCAGCCACUGGAUGGUCUGAAGACCUAUCAAGUCACACCUAUGACUCCAAGAAGCGCCAAUGCUUUUUUGACACCCAGUUUCACCUGGACCCCUUUAAAAACAGAAGUUGAUAAGACUCCAGACGCAACAAAAGAAAUCUUGGCACAAAAAUGUAAAAUUGACUCUGCCAAGACAGUACAUCAAGAUUCAAAUAAAUUACAAUAUCCUCUGGAUUCUCUAACAGUUUGGAAUAAAGAAAAUGUCUUAAAUACAAAUGAUACUACUAAAAAUUCAAGCGGCCUUCCAAUGAAAGAAGUCCCAUCACUUGAAAUAAAUGAAGAUCAGUUAUCUCAGCCACAGCAUGAUGUGCCAUAUUUCAGAAAUAUUCUCCAGUCAGAAACUGAGAAAUUAACUUCUCACUGCCUCGAAUGGGACAGGAAGCUUGAAUUGGACAUCCCAGAUGAUGCUAAAGAUCUUAUUCGCACAACAGUUGGUCAAACAAGACUCCUUAUGAAAGAAAGGUUCAAACAAUUUGAAGGCCUAGUGGAUGAUUGUGAAUAUAAACGAGGUGAAAAGGAGACUACCUGUACAGAUCUGGAUGGAUUUUGGGACAUGGUUAGUUUUCAGAUAGAAGAUGUAAACCAGAAGUUCAAUAAUCUGACCAAACUUGAGGACUCUGGGUGGCAAAAUAAUAAUAAUAAUAAUAUAAGCAAAAAGGUCUUUCGGAAAAAAGUCGUCUCCGGUAUAGCAAGUAAACCAAAACAGGACGAUGGUGGAAGAAUUGCAGCUAGAAAUCGCCUCGCUGCCAUAAAAAAUGCAAUGAGGGAGAGAAUUAGGCAGGAAGAACAUGCUGGGGCAGCAGCCUCUGUAGUGCCAAAGGAAGUUGAUAAAAUUGUGUUUGAUGCUGGCUUUUUCAGAGUUGAAAGUCCCGUUAAAUCAUUCUCAGGACUUUCUAUCUCUUCUGAACGUCUUUCUCAAAGACUUAGGACACCUACGUCUGUCAGCAAAGCUGUGUCUGACAGCAGGGCUGCUCUGGGCCUUCUCAGCCAAACUGCGUCACCAGAGCAUCCUGGUCCUCGGAGUGCCCGAAGGGAACAGGCUGAUGAAAAGACUUUGCUUUCAAAUAUUCCUGAAAACAGGAACAGCAUAGUAGAAGAUGCUCAGUGUCCUAGAUUACCAGAUUUAAUUGAAGUAAACCAUGAUGUAAGUAAGAUAAACUUCAAGAUGGAUUGUUUGCCCAGUGAAAGAAUGAGCUUGCCUCUACCUGCUGGUGAAGUGGCGUGUGAUAUUAAUACUAACAAAACAGAAGAAAUUUCAGAUGUUGUGGAAGGAAUGGAACUAAAUUCUUCAAUGACAACACAGGAUGUUUUGAUGAGUAGCCCUGAAAAAGAUAUACCAUCACAACAUAACAUCUCACAGGAAAAAGAGACUAAAAUUUUACAGUCAGUAUUAUUUGAUAAUAAAGGUCUUACUACUGAAUGCCAUCUUCUUGAGUCAACGGACCUAAUCUGCAGUAAUCCAUUUACUCCCGUGGAGAGGAGACGUCGAGAGCAUGCCAGGCACAUUUCCUUUGGUGGUAACCUGAUUACCUUUUCACCUCUAAGGGCCCUCAGUGGAGAACAACCAGAAGAACUUUGAAUGUAAAAAUAAUUCCAAACAUUUUUCUUGUCAUUAUCAAUACUGUGGGGUAUAUUCUUAGAAUACCAAAAGAUUGAAGACUGUACUUUUGUUUGCUUCUAUUCAACCGAUUUAUAUGGUGUCGUGUAAUAUUUUAAUAUUCAGUGUUCAUUCAAGUGUUUUUUAGAUAUGAUACUAUUUCUCAAGGGAAGUGGGGAUAUUUUGUACAACAGCCAUGCAGAAUAAAAGCUAUAUCACUGCCUUGCCUCUCUUCUUUAAGAUGUAUAAGUUUAAAGCCAAGAACACUUACUCAGAGCUUAUGACUACUCGCUUAAUCAAAAUAUAAUACUAAACUUUGACAGAAAUAUUUGUAUCUUUUCAUACUUUAUUUUUAGUUUGAACUUUAAAUUUGUCAGUGUUGAACAGCUUUGCAUAUUGAUUUUCCAGGGCAUACUGAGUUUGUUUGGAUGAGCUUUCUGGCUCAGCUGAUGUCAGUUUACAUGUUAUAGUUUCAAAUGGUUAACUAGGCGCCCAUUAAAUUCCUGCCUUUCCUAUUUUCCCCUUGACAUGAAUGACAGGCUUUGAAGGAAAUACCUUAUUCCUUUGAAGAAAAUUACGUCAAUCACUUAAUGUGUUUGAAAUGUUUUCUCUUGUAUAAAAAUCUUAGCUAUAGAUUUGUAGAAGGCAGGGCUGUCAGAAUAACAGAGCACCAAGAAGAUUCAGAGUAGCUAACGCUUGUACCAGACCCGGGCCCAGUCAUUUCUGCCUUCCAGUGAGUUGAACAAUAAGCAAGAACUUUAUGGAUAACCCCCCAUAAGAUUAGGGGUUUUCAAACAAGAAAACACAUGUUGUUUUAUUGUCAGAGGAAGGGGUAUUAGGCUUGUGGGAAAGACAGUAUUUAUUAAAUCCCUGCGAGCAGUUGGGAGGCUGUGUAGGGUGCUGACUUAGAAGAAUGUUCUCUAAAUGCCUAAAGUUUUGCCAAAAGAUGAAAAUAGCUUUUAUUCAUUAACAGCCUGUAAUUGAACAAUUCAAGCAAGACAGGCAGAACCAAGUAGCAUAUAUAAAAGUUAGGGCUUUCCAAGGGCUCAGGCAUGAAUAUGUAAAAGGUGUUGGUGCAAAGUAACCAAAGUCGUAGAAUCUAUGGUGGUAAGUUUAGUAAGGUGUACUAGUGAAUCAUUUAGAAAGCUUUUGCUGCUAUGUAAUAGUAAAAUGAACUCAAACUGGCUUAGCAAUAAGGAAUGUAUUUCAUAAGUUGUCAGGGUGAUUCUAGGCACUUUAUAAUUAACAGUUCAAUGUUGGCAUCAAGAACCAACAUUCUGUUGUCUUUGGCACGUGUCUGAGGCUGGGUCCUUUGGGAUCAUAAUGUAGCUGCUAGUGGUAAUCAGAGCUAUGUCCUUCCCUGUGAUCUAGUCAGGCCAGCUAAUGCCACAUGUCUGUCUGCAGUAAGACGGAGUGAGUGGGGGAUUGACUUAAACUAAUGAUUCCCUACUGAAUCUGGGAUCAUACCUGAAUAAAACCACAAUUAUCAGGACAUCGGGAAUGGAUUUUUGUGUUGGCAGCCUUCAGUGUCCCUUACAACUAGAUAGUGUUCUUGGGCUAUUGGACUCCAGAAUUAUGAGGUAUUAGGAAAAUCCUUAAAGACUAAGUGAAAGAAAACUGCUUGGGUAGAACAAGACCCUUUCCAAAAUCAAAAGGGAAUUUUCAUUUAUUGAGGACCUACUAUAUAAUGGCCCCUCUGCUACAUAUUUCUUUUACCAUUGAGCCCAUUAUUCAUUAUCAAGAAUAGACUGCCCCAAAUAAAUGACAUAUAAACCAUUAACUCUUAGAAUAUUUAUUAAGUGAAUGAUUUAUAAGAAGGACGUUGUUGAAUAAAGGCAAAAUUUUUCACUUACAGUGAGCAUGAAACUUUUAAAUGGGUAAGGUUUACAUUCAUUUUUAUUUCUUAAAAGAAUAUCUGCCCCUUUAAGAUUAUAUCAUAGUGUGUGUAACACUAGUGAGACUGACGUCACCACUAACUGCCAAUGCGUUGAUUUCCCUGAGAUUUUUCAUCCGGUGAUUGUACUGCAGCAAGUGAGCAUCAUUGACUGCAACCUUGAAGUGGUCGGAUUCAACCAGUACUUGGAUCUGAAAUGGCACGUACACAAAACUGUUAGAAAUGCCCGUUGAUUUCAAAACCAGUCUGUCCUGAGCUCAGGGUGUCCACAUUCAUCUUUUGUGGAACAGAUUAAAAUCCUGAAAAAGUAACUUUACAGCAAAAAUAAACUCCAGACUAGUCAAAGAUUUACACAAAAUAAAAAGGACAAAAUUUUUAGAAGCUAUAUAGUUGAAGCCACACAGGAAUAAAUACUGUCUACAUAAUGAUGUAGUUACAUAAAAUAAUGUGUCUACAUAAAAAGUUUUCAUAUGGCCUACAGCAUCUAAAAGUAAAAAUAAACACUAAAGUAGGGAUCCCCUGAUAGAGCAGCAAAUGCUAUGAAGUUGGAUAAUAACCACUUUGGGCAAGAAGAGGGAAAACAUAGUCUUCCAAUAGUGGGUGUGUUUAAUCCUUUUUGAAGUAGCACUUUGGCAAUAUCUGAGUUUUAGACAUGUAUAUUUUAAUAAAAUUAUUCUUCUAGAAAGCAAAGAAGAAUAAGCAAAGUCAGUAACGGUGUUUUAGUAAAAUAAAACCUUCCCAGAUUUUAUUGGUAAUAUUGCCAAAGUUUCAUCAAUAGAGUACUUCUUGAAUUAUUACAUAUCUAAACAAUGAAACAUAUCUAAACAAUGUUCUGAUCCUGAAAGAUGUCCAUUAAAUGUAGAAUAUGGUCCCUAUUUGUCUCUGCCCUUAAGAAGCUUAUAGUCUAGCUGUGUUAUUGCCCACUCUACAGUCAAUCCAACUAGUACUGUGAACCUACUAAAUAUUUGGUGAAGCAGUGCUUAAAAAUCAAAAGUGCUGUAUGUCAUAGAAAAUACUGGAAAGAUAUUCACUAAGUUGCAACCUUCAGUAUAUAAAGGAUAGAGAACUUUUUCAGUUAAUUAAAAAAUCUAUACAUUUUUCUUUUCAGAAGCAUGUAUUAAUUUUAGAAUUAAAAAUUUUUGACUGUUGUACACCUGAAACUAAUAUAAUAUUAAAUGUCACCUAAUUUCUUUUUAAAUUAAUUUUUAAUUUAAAAAAUUUUUAGUUUUGGUUUCUAUGUCACUAUGUUUUUUAAGGGACUAAGUCUCAGUCUCUCGGAGACUUUCUGCCUUUUUUAUUAAAGAUGCUAUUUUUCUCGUUUCCAGAAAAGCUUAAAUUCAGAGGUGGUAACAGUAUGGAGCUGGGAACCCUUUCCAAAAUCCUAGUCCUGUUCCAGCCUACUGGUGAUCAUGGGCGCCUGGGAUGGGGAGGAGCUGGUUAGGUGUCUCAGGAUAGCUCCCCAAAAUUCAUUUCAAGUGCAUCUUGAUUUUAGAGCGAUUUCCCCAUGAGCAAUAUGAAUUAUCAAUACAUAACAAUAGCAAUAACUUACUUUGAAUGGUUUACCACAUUCAAAUGGGAAAAUCAUCUGCCUUUCUUCCGGUCCCCAGUUAUUAUUCAGGUUUGAGUUGCAAACAAUGACUCUCCUGUUGUUCUCAUUGAAGCGUGGGUUAAAGUGGAAGGCCACAUCAUUCCCUCUCUUGAAAUCUAAAACAAGUCUGUUCAAACCAAAGGCCAGAGUUAGUAAAAUGAUUCAAGUUGUGUAUUUGCAUCAAGUGAAGAACACGCGAUUUUUCUAAAGAGCAAAACGUUUUAUAAAAUACAGGAACAUUUUCUUAACAAAAAACAAACCAGAGAAUGUGCUCAAGCUGUAUACUAGGCCAAAUAUUAGUAAAAUACUAAAAGUAAACAGAACAGUACGUGUUGGAUUGUUUUGCCUCACUGUCUUUGGUCCUAUCAUUCUCUUCAUUUGUAAUUCCCUGCUUACCCUUCUACUCAUGAAAACCCUUCAAGGUUUCCUUACAGAGGUUUGCAGCCACUGUAAGGGCAGGUUAUGCUUUCCAUUGCAGACGAUAUGGUUACCUUCUUCCUGCCCUGCCAGGUUGAUUUUAAUACCUAUUGACGGCAAGCAAGUCACAUAAAUAAAAGAUCAACUUCCUGGCUUCCUCCUAGUUAACCAAAAACCUAGUCCUAAAACGGAAGGAAUGAGAUUAUGCAGUUAAUGUCCUGUUGCUAAUUUGUAAAAUCAUGACAAUGUGUUGAACUUUCCAAGAUAUGAAGUGGAAUUGAUGCAAGUGCUGGCUUAACUUUUUGACCCCGUUCCUUCUCCUUGGUUGUUAACACAAACACAAGUCCCCUGACUGUUAAAGUACUAACCCUACCCCCCAAUUUCUCAAAGUGUGCUCCACAGACCACUAACAGAAUCUGCUGGUACUCUUGUUUUAAAGCAGAAUCUGCACUCCUGACCCACUAAUGAUAAUUCCCUGGGUACUUGGAUUCACCCUGUAACAGACCCGACCACAGAUGUAUUUAUUCACAGGGAAAGGACCAAAAGAGUCAAAUGGCAAUAGAAAUUGUAUUUGACUAAAUAUCUAAUGGCUAAAGAUAUGGUCAUCUCUACCACCUUAAGCAUUCUCUUCUAAUUCCUUACAUAGAAUGUGCAGGACCAAGCAACAAUUAUUUCAGUUUCCUAUCACCUUGGCCAUUUCAACCAAAAUGAGUUUUGAUCUACCACAGUCUCAGUCUACAUCUCUGGUGUAAUUGGAGUUUAAGUUUCCAGUACAAUAACCCUAAAUAAAGACAAAUAUACCAGUGUGGUUCUGUGCAGUAGGGGUUGGGAGAGGGGAGCAGAACUUAACAAAUUGUGCCCUAGAUGGUUUGGCUCAGUGGAUAGAGCAUCAGCCUUGCAGACUGAAGGGUCCCAGGUUCGAUUCCAGUCAAGGGCACAUGCCUGGGUUGCAGGCUCCAUCCCCCCACUCCCCCAGUAGGGGGAGUGCAGGAGGCAGCAGAUCAAUGAUUCCCUCUUAUCACUGAUGUUUCUAUCUCUCCCUCUCACUUCUGCUCUGAAAUCAAUAAAUAUAUAUUU